ACGACGUAUAUUUACAUGCACAAGGUAUUAAAAUUAGUUAGGUUUAUAACGAGCCUCAUACCAAUCUGUCCUCAUUUACAAUCCAUAGGCCGCCCAAGAUCAAAGAUGUUUCGGUUUGGAGCUGUCCUUAUAUGUUUCAUUGUGGUGCUUGACGUGACUUUAUCACAGGAGGAACAGACCCAGUAUAAUUGUUACCUUCGUGGUUAUGAAUGUAAGAACGGGGGCUCUUGUCAAAAGGGAGCAUGUGUCUGUACUGCCGAGUAUACAGCGUACGACUGUGGGGUCGCCGUAGCCGAGCAGGAUUGUGUGGAUGACCCCUGUGCUAACGGUGGUGUUUGCCAUAAUACCGACCAGUGUCAUUGUCCAAUCACCCACUACGGACCUACUUGUGACUCCGAGACAGAUUCGUGGGAAUGCCUUGGUGUGGAGAUGAAAGUCAACAUGAUGGUUCCCGAGGGUUACAGUGGCGCCAUUUAUGGUGCACUCUCAAGGUCGGAAUGUAUUUUCACAGAGGAGACUAGCGAUGUGGCCGGUUACCGUAAAUUUUCGUCAUCGAUCGCGUUUGAUAAUUCUACGUGUGGGGCGACAGAGAUUCAGGAUUAUCCCAUGCCUGGUGAUAUCACCUACGUCACAGACGUUGUGGUAGGUUUCCAUCCCAGAAUCCGGACUAGAUACGACCGAUUUGUGUCAUUAAAUUGUACUCACCCUGCCUCUAACGUCUCCAUGGAGGCAGACCUCGACAGCACCAUCAGUCAACGUGGAAAUCUGACUCGGCGCGAGGACAAAAAGACUUAUUCUCCUGUUCGAUUCCACUUCCUGGACGCAGAAGAGAACGUACUCGCACGAGCACUCUUCGUGGGUGAAAAGUUUACCAAUAUGGUCUAUCUUACGUCAACAGAAGUGUACUCUGCCCUUUUGUUGGAGAAAUGUGUCGCCAAUAACGGCGAGGAUGGAACACAAACUGAAGUUGUUCUUCUGGAAAAUGGGUGUCCGACCUCAGACGGAAAUCUGGUAAUGCAGGACCCUCCUGGCCAAAUAAAAUUGGACUACACCCCUCAGGAUUCGUCCACCCCCAUCCCCGCCGCAGCAUUGCACAUGCUUGGAUUCCGGUUUUACGAGUCAAAACAGGUUUUCAUCCAAUGUGUUGUGAAAAUCUGUAAGGCCGAGGAUGAAGCUGCGUGUGCUACACCUGACUGCAAUGGCGCACCUGUAGUGAGAAGACGACGUAGUGCAGACGAUUUCAACAACAGCACGGACGAACAGACAGUAUCCGGCCUAUUCACCAUCCUUGAGGAACCAAUCGUACUCCCAAAUAAACAAAUUGUCGAGAAAGAGUCCGAUUGCUUCCGAUCUAGUGAAAUCAUCAUCGUCAUCAUAGUCAUGUCAGCGCUUGUUCUUGUCAUGCUAAUAGCGUGUGUAGUUUUGGCGACUCUUAUUGUCCGUUCCAGAGGAAAAGUACAAAAGUUGGUUGAACAUAAUGACGCACAUGGUCUACACAUACCAAGGGCUAAACUGACUAUGUAAACAUUGUAAGACUGUAUAGAUCAACAGAUUCCAUUGACGAAAGCAUAUAUGAGCAAUAAAUAGCUGUUUUCCAUCUGGUGACAAACAUGAUAAUAACACACUUUCAAAGAAAACAUGAACGUUCACCUUAACAAUGUUUUUUGUCGAAUUGAUGACCAACGAUUUGUCACUUAAAGACCGAUUACUGUAGCAUAUCAUUUAUUGAAAUUAUUAAGGUCUUGACGUACGUGAUUUUAAGUGACAGAAGUGUGAAUUAUUAUUUUCCAAACAUUCUAGCGUUAUCAAAACAAAUUUGUUAUCUUAAUAACAUACAAUUAAGUUUAUUUUAGAUGUAACACAGACAUAAACAAAAUGA